UCCUCUGCAGCAUGUGGCUAUGGCUUCACGCUAAUAUCCUCAAAAACCACUGACAUUACCAAAGUUUGGGGCAUGGGGCUGAACAAGGAUUCUCAGCUUGGCUUUCAGAGAAGCAGGAAGGAUCAAACUAAAGGCUAUGAGUAUGUCUUGGAACCGUCUCCCAUUCCAUUACCACUGGACACUCCCCAGGAAACUCGGAUCUUGCAGGUGGCUUGUGGGAGAGCUCAUUCCCUCAUCCUGACGGACAAGGAAGGAGUCUUCAGCAUGGGCAACAAUUCCUAUGGGCAGUGUGGCCGAAAAGUUACCGAAGGUGAAAUUUACAGUGAGAGCCAUCUAAUUCACCGACUGCAAAAGUUUAAAGGCAGGGUUGCGCAGAUUGUCUGUGGGCAGGAUCACAGUCUGUUCAGGACUGAGAGAGGCGAGGUUUACUCCUGUGGAUGGGGAGCUGAUGGACAAACAGGUCUUGGCCAUUACAAUAUCACCAGUGUGCCCACCAAAUUAGGCGGCGAUAUUGCUGGAGUAAAUCUCGUACACGUUGCCACCUAUGGGGACAGCUGUCUGGCUGUAUCUGAUGAAGGAGACCUCUUUGGGUGGGGAAACUCUGAAUACAUGCAGCUGGCUUCCAUCACAGAGACGACACAGGUGAAUGUUCCAAGGCACUUACCAUUCAAGAUUGGGAAGAUAAAGGAUGCUGCAUGUGGAGGGACAGGCAAUGCUGUUGUAAAUGAAGAAGGAAAUGUCUUUGUCUGGGGAUAUGGAAUUCUUGGGAAAGGACCAAACCUGAUGGAAACAGCAACUCCAGAAAUGAUCCCACCCACCCUCUUUGGCUUGUCAGACUUCAGUCCGGACACCCGCGUUUCUCGCAUUCGUUGCGGACUCAGCCAGUUUGCUGCACUUAACAACAGAGGAGAGCUGUUUGUGUGGGGCAAGAAUAUAAGGGGGUGCUUGGGGAUUGGAAGAAUGGAAGACCAGUAUUUCCCAUGGAGGGUGACAAUCCCAGGCGAGGUACUUGAUGUGGCUUGUGGAGUUGAUCAUAUGGUAACUCUGGUUAAAUCAUUUAUCUAGCAGCCAUGCCAUACCUCAGCUAUGCAUGGGGAAUGGCUGGUAAAAGAUGAACCCACGAUCACUCUUUCAUUAAGGAGAACCCUUUGUGCUCAUGUUCAGUAGUAUAAUACUGAGCGUGUGAAGAACUUCUGCGAUGCUUGGAACCUUGUUAACUGUUUCUUCAUGUCCAGAGCCUGCAGUUACUCUUUGGGAGAGAGCCUUGCAUUCCUCCCCUAGGGAUGGUGAAGAGAUGAGCAGACCAAACAUUUUUAAUUAGCUGCUCAGAAUGCUCCAACCGCCCUGCUGCCAAGCCCCCAGGCAGCAAUGCUCUGCUAAUGUGUAAGGAUUAAGACAAGAAGGGGAGCUGUUUUAUGUCCAUUUUACUAUGUUCCUCCAUGAGGAAAUUGCAGUACCUAGUAUUAAGUGCACUUACUCGUACAGAUGGUAGUAGAGCUGUAAACGGGUAUGCAUCACUGCUGUCACUUUCAGGGGGUGAUGGCCUUAGCCAACCAUGUUUCCUAAAGGAAAAGUUAUCUCAUGGGAUGAAAUAAAGACAUGUUGAUUAAUACAGCCUGGCAGAACUAUUCUUCACCAUCUGAUACCAGUCAUGCACUGUUUGACCCAUGUUCUUGUGCGUUACACUGGAAGCAGAGCUGCACUAUGUUGUGUUUCACUCACCUGUGAGUGGAUGAAGGGUUCCUUCCUCCAGAGAGUUAGCUCUCCACCAUGGGACUUUACGUUCCUUCAGUGCCACCGAUAGAUCAGAGUGAGAGCUCCAGUGUGGGAAGGAAGUGAAAAGGAAAGGAGCAGUGAUCUACAUUAAUUUAUACCUUUAAGUAUGUCUAUACUACAGUAGCACAGGUACAACACUUUGGGUUUCUGGAUGAGUGUAAUUGUCUAUAAGGUUCUAACCUCUCCCACUCACCUCACUGCAUGCUGCCUUUUGCCCCAGCCCCCAACAUGCAUCUCCAUGCACAACUGCUGAGAGUGGUGCCAACUAUGCAUGGCCUCUACCCUCCUUCCUCUUGGAAAAUCUAGUUAGGUUCCUAACUUGAGGCUCCUGUUUUUGAAAAUCUAGGUCCCGACAGAGAGGAUGGCAGGGGAGUCAUAACUGUAGUGGAAUAGGGUGGAUUUGGGAAGCCUGGCAGAAGUAUCUUUGCAAAAGUCCAGGCAUGAGGGAAUGAACCCAUGGCCAGGACUUGGGGGUAGCAAAGACACAACCUUUGUACCUCUGGCCAUGCUAGAGCCCAGAAUACAACAGGCACACCAGACCCAGAGGGAGAGAGGUAGCAGCGCGUGACAUCACCUGACUUCUUCCAAGAUGUGCUGUGAGCACAGUAGUCCCUUCGCUCCUGUCUCUACCCUACACACAAUGUAUCCUUUCAGGUAAUUGCCCAGUGAACAAUCAUGCUCCUACAACCAUGCAUCUAUCCAUCCAGCUGUUGCCCACAUCUAAGCUGCUCUUUCCAGCUCCAGUUUUUAUAGGGAUGCUGACUGCUCAUGUGUUUUGAUGUCAUUCAACCCUGUCAGCAUGGACUCCACAUACUUAGAGGUGCCUGCUAGUGUCCAGCAUACCCCAAGCUUCCCUCUUUGUACAUCACCUGUCUGUGCAGGCAGCGAGGCUGAGUGAGGAUUGUGUGGAACUCCCAACUGCUGCACCUUUGAAGCCCUGCGCCGCAAUUGUCUAGCCAACAGCAGCAGCCUCUCAGUUCUUUGCAGGUAAACAGAGACCAGCAGCAAGGCAGAAAUAGCUAAUAUUUCAUAAAGCCCCUCCAAGGGGGAUACUCACCACAUUUUAGUCCUUCGGUGGCAGCCAACCAAAGGUGGCACAGUUUGGAAACAUGAAGAACAACAGAUGCUGCCAUCUCCAACCGGGGUGAAAAUCCUAGAGGGGAACAAGAUGAUAUUGCAGGAAUAGGUUUGCGACAGACAAGAACCAGAACUCUCUAUUAGUAGUAGAAGAUAACUUACUUAUAGUCUUUAAGAUCAGAAGGGGCCAUCAAGACACUAUUGUAACAUUAUAACAAUAAUAGUAGUAUAUCCUAGUACUGAGGAGCCACAGUCAUGAAUCAGGAUCCCAUUGUGCUAU